AUGAGCUCUUCAAAGCUCUCGAACCUGUCGUGGGCAGAGCUGCGUGACCGGGCUCGCCGCAUUGGACGCCGUUGGAGCUCCGAAGAGUCGCCGACCGUGCAAGCAGAGACGGUGACCCGAAUCGUCGACGGCGAGCGACCACCAAUGUCCUCCGAGACCGACGAAGCGGUGGAAGUCAUCGUCGGAGGGAGCGACACGGAACCAGUGAUGGAGGAGGAGGAUACGGACGGAGACAUGACAAAGGAGCAGCAGCUACCGGUCCGACCUGUGACGGCGGACGACGAGCAAGAGCACGACGAACAUAAGAAGGAAGAGGUAGAGUCGAGUUGCUGGGGCGAUGUAUCGCCAACAGAGAGGAAGAAGGAAGAUAUGGCGAUGGGCGGUCGGUUCAGGUUGCCAGAGACACGAGCAGCGCGGGUGGCUCAGCGAAGCCUGCCGUCUUCCUUUGCGGAUCCGGGCGAGAGCUCGACGGAGGUUGCUCUGGCGACGUCGGGUGGAAGAACGAAGAAGGAGAGCGGCGACAACCAUUCCGCACGCAAGCUCUUCCCAUUCCACGAACUACAGCAGCAGCGAAGGGGAGUGGGCCAAAGGGAGGCUGUUGCCUGCCCUACUGUGCCAAGGCAUGGGCCUGCUCUAGCAAGGCUCAACUGGGUUUGGCUGGACCAGGUUAGUGGGCUGAGAGUAGAGCAGCAAAGCGGGCCAGAAGUAGAAGUGGUUUGGGCCCAGCAAAAGCCUGAGUAUGGGCCGCAUACCGACUAG